UGAAUUACGAUGUCAAAACAACAAUUCACUACGUGUUACGCGCAACGUACAAUAAUGCCACGCUCGAGAUCAUGAGCUACAGAGAUGACUACCGUCCGAAUCUGUUGUGUGGGAGAUGAGGGCGUAGGCAAGUCCUCAAUCAUCACCAGCUUGGUCAAAGAUGUCUUUGUCACCACCAAGAUUCAGUCCAUCCUCCCACAAAUUACGCUUCCGCCGACACUAGCCACGCCGGAGCAUGUCACCACUGUGAUAGCCGACACUUCAUCUUUACCUCAGGACCGCGAGACCUUGCGAAAAGAGCUUCGGAAAGCUUCAGUAAUAUUAUUGGUCUAUGCAGAUCAUUAUAGCUAUGAAAGAGUUGCCCUGUUCUGGCUACCGUUCUUUCGUUCCCUUGGAGUCAACGUGCCAGUUGUGCUAUGUGCCAAUAAGGCAGACCUUCUUCCAGGAGGCAGUACCACCCAGAUCAUGACCGAUGAAAUGAUCCCGGUUAUGAACGAGUAUAAAGAGAUAGAUUCUUGUAUCAGGACAAGCGCAAAAGAGCAUUAUAACAUAAAUGAGGUCUUCUUUCUCUGCCAAAAAGCUGUAACCCAUCCAGUAGCUCCGCUCUUUGAUUCAAAAGAGGGGAACUUGAAGCCUGCUGCCGUCUCAGCACUACAACGGAUCUUCUACCUCUGUGAUAGGGACCAGGAUGGCUACUGGAAUGACAAAGAGAUCAUGGACUUCCAAAUAAAAUGCUUCGAGAAGGCGCUGAACGACUCGGACCUAGUCAGCAUCAAACGCGUUGCCCAAAGCAAUACCACGCACCCAGAUCUAGAUCGCGGAAUUAAUGAAAAAGACUUCCUUACCUUGAAUAAGGCGUUCGCAGAAAAAGGACGACAUGAGACGAUAUGGAUCAUCCUACGAAAAUUCCAUUACACGGACAGCCUGAGCCUUACCGAGUCAUUCCUACAUCCCAAAUUCGAUGUUCCAGUCUUCGCGUCCGCUGAGCUCAGCCCUCUUGGUUAUCGUUUCUUUGUAGACCUGUUUUUACUCUUUGACAAAGACAAUGACACAGCCUUGAACGAAGCAGAACUCGCAGCACUCUUUGCCCCAACGCCCGGUCUGCCGCCAUCGUGGGUCGAUUCUGCGUUCCCAUCCUGCACAGUUCGCAACGAUGCUGGUCACAUAACUCUUCAGGGAUGGCUUGCACAAUGGAGCAUGACCACAUUUGAAGAGCCGAAGACUACCCUAGAGUACUUGGCUUAUCUUGGGUUUGACGGACCGGAGAAGGGAGGAACUACAACUGCACUACGAGUCACGAAGCCACGGAAACGUCGAGGUCGAGUAGGAAGAGUAGAGAGGAAUGUUUUCCUGUGUUACGUGCUCGGUGGGAGUGGCAGCGGCAAAUCGUCUCUGUUGUCCUCGUUCUUGAAUCGCCCUUUCACGGGGACGUACCAUCCUACAAUAAAGCCACAGACAGCCGUCAAUAGUGUCGAAUUGAAAGGUGGGAAACAGUGCUACCUCAUCAUGGAGGAGCUUGGCGAGCUUGAGUCUGCUAUCCUGGAAAAUCAAGCAAAAUUGGAUGCUUGUGACCUACUAUGCUAUACAUAUGACUCUAGUGACCCUGAGAGUUUUGUGCACAUCAUUGAGUUGCGCAAGAAGUUCCCACAUCUGGAAGGUCUGCCUGCAGUAUACACUGCUCUCAAGGCUGAUCAAGACCGGUCAGUACAGCGAAGUGAGCGACAACCAGAUGAGUACACGAGUGCUCUGAAGAUGCCUGCUCCGAUGCACGUAAGCGUCGCAUGGAGUGGCGUGUCGGAAUUUUUCGUUCAUCUAGCUGAGUGUGCGGCAAACCCUGUGACUGCUUUGCCUAAACAUGGCGAAGAGCCGGUGGAUCGAACGAAUCUGUACAUUGGUAUUGGCGUGGCCGUGUGUACUGCGGCAGCAUUGUUUGGUAUAUGGAAAAAGAUCAAUGCUGCAUUGUAAGCUGUUGGAAUGCUAUUAUAGCUGGAAACCAGGCCUUGUGAGUGACUGUAUACACUCUUGCUCGCCAAUGAGGACUGGGUGUUGGUGCAGCAGAAAUGCCACAUCCGUGGCCUCGUACACGUAUUUGAUAUAUAUAUGAUGUUGCAGCCCUAUAACCGUUCGGUUUGAGGGUUUGGCUGGCGUAAGGAGAGCAGGAAGACGCCAAAGUUUGGAUGGAUAUUCUGGGAGCAUACUUUGAUCGUAGACCCACUUGGACGCACUAAACGUGACCGCGUGU